UGUAAUCAGAGUAAGUGCCUUCCGAGCAUUCCAAGCUCAUCAAGUAGGCUUUCAGACGUUGGCUGCAGCUCAUCAUCAAUAAAAUUGCAGGCACAUCAUGAAACAAUAGCAAGGAGACGAUCUGAACGUGCUCGGUGAUCAGCACACUUUCAGCUUCCUUCAUCCCGACAGAUACUCUCAAGUCGAACUUCAAGUCCAGUGCAGACCCGCAAGAGAUAAAAUCGUCAAACUCUGGGCUUCAGUAUCUUCUCAAAGUCUUCAUGCACCGUGAUUUGUACAUUUCUUACAGAACACUGAUUGUCUAACCCACGGGCUGAUUUUGAAAGUCAGAAGAGUUUUGUGAAUGGUCCCUGUUGGAUAUGUGAGUUCACUGAAAAAGGCAAGGACUUCUGAAGGAGGUGGCUGUGCCCAUAAGCAUGAUUCGAUCGACUUUCAAAUUGUGCUUCUUGUUCAUCUUUCUAUCUUCAAUCUCCCUUGUCAAAGCCGAAGGUGAAGAUCUAGAUGUGGAAUUUGACUAUGACCCAGAAAGUAACCAUGGUCCGGAUCAUUGGGCGGAUCUUAAACCUUCAUGGAGCACAUGUAGAGAUGGACAAUUGCAGUCGCCGAUCGCCAUCAAUGUCACAGAAGAUAGUGUUGAUCUCACUCUCUCCAAGCUCAAUGUCAUGUACCUCCCUAGUGAAGCUGUACUCAGAAACAAUGGGCAUGGUAUUGAGUUGAACUUUCUUAACUUCGCUGGACGUUUGAUGCUCAACGGGGACGCCUACUUCUUACAACAACUCCACUUCCACUCUCCAAGCGAGCACAUAAUUCAGCGAGUCAGGUUUCCUCUGGAAAUGCAUUUAGUGCAUCGAAGUGAAUCUGGGGAAGAGGCAGUCAUCAGCGUUCCUUUCCUGAAAAGCUAUCACAGCGAUUUUCUGGAUCAGUUUUGGGACCUGCUGCCCCAAGUCUCUGACAAGUACGCCGAGGUAAAAGUGGAAACGGUAUCCGUGAACCUGCCGGUCGGUCCAUUCUACGCACGCUACAAUGGAUCCAUGACCACCCCGCCUUGCACCGAGAACGUGAGCUGGACGGUUUGUCUUUGGAAGUGGAAUACGGUAUCCGAGGAUCAGCUGAAGGCUCUGAAAGCACUAGAUCUGGGUCCCAAUAGCAGGCCACUGGUCGACGACAACGGCAGAGAUGUCAGUUUGUUUCUUUCGCGCUCCUGAUUGAGGCCACUGAUCGACGCCAAAUUUUCUAAUAAUUUUGGUGCAAUGUUUGGAAAUCCGAUCAAUAACUUUUGCUUCUUAGCCAUAGAAGCAGAAACUGCUUAAGUUGAGAACGGCUAUGACUUGUCAGUGGGAAAGGAUAGAGAGAUUAGAGCCGCUUUAAAUAGACUGUUGCAAGGUUUGGUUUUGCUUCAAGGAUAUUCAGGUUAGUGGUCUGAAAUGCGGGUGAAUUUGGAAUUGACGGACCCAAAUAUGUGUCAACUCAGUUUUGGUGUUUGAAGCAGCUCUUGAAGCAAUGUGAUCGUAUGAUGCUCCAUUAUAAUAUAAAUUUGUGGUUUGCUCACGUCUAAU